AUGGGCAAGAACGAUAAAAAAUCCGGCGAUAAAGGCGGUGGCAAGGGAAAAGGCGCCGAGGCUAAGGAAGGAGGAGGCAAGGCAAAGGGGGCGAUGUCUAUCAACGUUCGUCACAUUCUGUGCGAAAAACAUGCCAGAAAGGAAGAAGCUUUGCUGAAGCUGAGCGAGGGUGUCAAAUUUGAUGAGGUGGCACGGGCCUAUUCAGAAGACAAGGCACGACAAGGGGGUUCUCUAGGUUGGAAGAUUAAAGGGAGCCUGGAUCCUACGUUUGAAGAAGUUGCCUUUUCUUUGGAGCCGAGCACUACGAGCAAUCCUAAAAUUGGAGAGGCCAAGACUCCGUUUGGCUAUCACAUUAUCAUGGUCGAGGGGCGCAAAUAG